UAAAAUGCUUUGAUACUGACAAUUGUAAGCUAUUAAUGUAAUUUUUAUUCAAGGGCUGAUAGGAAGCGACCAUAUAUUGAGUUAUAUACUAACAACCGUUUCAACAUGUUUUUAUCCAAUUUUGUUCAAGUGAGGCCUAAUCAAAUUUGGAUGUGCCCGAAGCCAUUUGCACUUUAAUUAGUCCGCGCUUUUUCUCCGGAUACGCUUUACAAUCUUUUAUUGUUCUUGUGUUUCAUCACCUGUCAGCACUGUUUCGUUCCAUGAAAUGAAAAAUGAAGUUCUUUAAAUAACAUCGUCUUGUUGAGUGAAAAGCGAUAACCCUGUGCAGGCUCAUGAGUUUGUGGGUCGUUGAUUAAAUGAGCAUAAAAACGUGUGUGCCCCAACAUAACCCAGAUUUUAUUACCAAUCUUCCUUAUUUUAAGUGAUGGUCUUCGAUGAUUUGAUCCAUAGCUAUUGCUGACGGAAUUUUACCACCUGUACAGUUCACCGAUUGACAGAAACUGCAUUGCAGUGCGAUGUGUGCGACAUUCCUAUUCGGACGUGUGAUAAUUGUAUGAUACUGAUUAAUAUUUCACUUAUUAGCUUUUCCUUGCAUUAGGUGUUGAAUUUUUGUCGUUACAAUGCAAGAUGAAAGUGAAGGACAAAAUGCCUUUUGGACAGAGAGAAAUAUACUUAGUUUAAGUGAUGAAGUAUUGGUAAACAUAUGUACUUACUUGACAUCUGAAGCUGCAGUUUCAUUAAGUUGUACAUGCAAAAGGUUUAAUGACCUUUUAUGUGAACGUAAAUUAAUAAGAUGCAUAAAUUUAAGAGCAUCAUAUUCUGUGUCUCUGGAUUUGAUGAAAACAUUUUUUCGACCAUUUGCUCGUUGCGAACGAGUGGAAACUAUCAAUUUAACUAGUUGUUAUUGGCUUACUUCAGGUGAAAUUCUCUGGAUUCUUCAACGUCUUACUAACUUGAAGAAUUUACAUGUCAAUGACACAACUUUGAGUGUUGAACAUCUCACUCAUAUUAUGAAAAAUAUUCAAUCGGUGUCAACCUACAGGACCAAAAGCCUUCCUUUGAACUUUAGAGGAUGGACAUUUACUCAAAAACUGAAUUUUCCCAACAUUAACUCUCUCAUUCUGAACAUGCCACCAUUUGUUCCUCAUUAUUUGAGAGAAGUCUGGGAGGCUUGUGAUCGAGAUAUUGCUUGGAGUUGCCUGUGGAUUCAUUAUGCACGUAUAUUAUUAGAUUUCAGGCAUACACCUUUGAAAAGUACAAAGGAUUUAUAUGCAUUAUCUUUCAACUUAAAACAUGAAGAAAUAAUGCAUUUGCUUAAAUUAAAAUCUUUAAGAAGUUUUAGGUGGCUCACUAAAGGUGUUGUUAAAGAAAAUUAUGAAACACUCUUGAGGAAGUCCAAUAUUGUACAUCUAUUUUGGGAAAGUGAUGAACUUCCAAGAUCUUUGCCAGAAGGAUUACAAUACCUAAAAAUUUCUGCAACAUGUAUGUUGAUGAAUUCCAGUCCAAGAUCCUUACUUUUAUACGAUGCUUUGUCUCACCUUACAGUGGUGUCCGUGCCUGCUUGUGUUCUGUUAUCUUCAGUUCCAGGUUGCAGUUCUGAUUCGAUUUCUCAUGAAGGGGAAACAAGCCAGAAAAAAUCAGCACGUCAGUCACAUUUGGGAAAAACAACAAAUGCAGAUUGUUUUUUAAAAUCACUUGUGGAAAAUGCUCCCAAUUUGCAAACCUUGGAAAUGAAAUGUAAACGGGGUUGCACCUUUCUUGCACCUAAUGAAUCUGUAAAUCUUGGUCUAAUUAAUUGGCCCCAGCUGGAGAGUCUCAUCAUGGAGAACAUACCAUUAUUUGACCUCGCUCCACUUUUGAAGGUGUGUGCUAAUUGUCCCAAAUUGCGAUGUUUGGGACUAAAAUAUGUUGGAAUUUCUGGAACGUUUUCUCAAACUUGGAAGCUUGUACAAUGUAUUAAUUUAUUGAAAAACUUGGAAGAUUUUCAAUUUGUACAUCCUGACGUUAACCAAUUGAUGACUCUCAUUGAUGCUCUUUCACGAUGUCCUAAAUUAUCUCGUGUUUCUAUCAUUUGUGAGAGCACACGUGCAUCGCAAAAUAUCUCAUCUUACUUAAAGCUCAUUGAGAAAUGCUCAUAUCUUGUUUUCCUAUUUGUUUGUGUGGGAGCUGUAACUAAGAAAAUGGAAAAAGAUUUCCAAAAGGAAGUAAAGGCCAAAUUUCUGAAUGAGCGUAAAUAUCUGUGGGCAUUGCUACAAGGAGCACUGCGAGAUGAUAUUGUGGAAUCUAUCCCAUUUAUUCAUUAUUUGGAAAUGUUACAUGAUGGUGCACAAAUACCAUUUCUGAAAGACUGAUGUUAUAAAUGUAUUUUUAUUACAUUUUUGUUAUCUCUUGUAAUGUAAAUACUCUGGGUGAAAAGAACCUAUUUUAUAUGUGAAGAUUAAAGAAAAUCAUUAAUAUUUUGUUAAAUUAUGUGUUUCAUACAUAGUUUCACUGUCACACUACCAUCAUCAUUUAUUUUUAUUAUAGGAAAUUGAAUAAUUUUAAAAGAUUUCAAUUUACUUUCAAAAGUGAAAUGUCAGUUUACCAUAAAGUCAAAAUUUAGAUGUAAUUGAAUAAUGCAAAGGCUGCCAGAAUAUUCAUCUUGGCCAGAAUAUACC